GCGGAAAUGACGUAUGUAUUCCACAGCUUUCCCAGGAAGUGAACUUCAGACUUCGUGUGAAAGAUUUGCUUCUUGGCUUCAACUUCCUACGCAACUGUUCUCCACUUCUCCCCGUAUACAUCGGCCCGUUUGUACGUUCCUUUUGUAGAUGUGAUGCCGUCCCUAGCAGAGACGUUCUGAUCGGAAAUAGUCGAGACGUUAUGCGAAGUUUUCCAGAGAUAUAACGGUCCCUUCAAGGCUCAGGCUUGGUUUGGCGUACUCCCAACAAAGCAAACAAAUUUCUUGCUCGUCCUGUAACAAACUUGGUGACGUGGUGACGUUCUUUCAACACAGCAGAUCGGAUUUUAAUACUCUAUCCAGGGCCAGAGUGCUGGGCCCGUUGUCGGUAGCCGCUGCUGUUAGUCCAGGACCAGACCCAGUGUACUAGCCGGCGUCUGAAGAGGACCCGCUGUCUUUGUUCUCGAUGUUCUCUGAAGACGGAUCUGGGCUCAUGCCGGCCAGAAGACUCCUUUUGAUUGGACUAGUGGCGGGAUUCGCGCUCUUCGUGUCCUUUGCCGUGUAUGUGUACCAGGGAGAACUCAAGACGCAGCUGUGGAAACCUGCGCUGGAUGCCGCGUUAGAAAAAGUAAACUUAAGACGGAUCUCCAACCAAAGUAAUAGCUCUACCACACAAGAUGUUUCUCCACAUCCCAUGCCAUUUAAUGUCACAGAUCCUCUCAGUGGAUAUGUCAAUGUCCUUGAUGAUAGAGGGCCCUUGAAACUGCAUUGCAAUGUCUGUGCCAUGGUGUCCAGUUCAGGCCAGGUGCUGAACCAUGAAGCCGGGACGGAAAUCGACAAAGCUGACUGCGUUAUACGUAUGAACGAUGCUCCUGUCACCGGAUUUGAGAAGCACGUUGGAACAAGGACUACUAUUCGCGUGGCAUCGCACACUAGCUUCCAGUUAGUAAACAAGAAAAAAGCGGACCUACUUGUUAAAAACAAGGGUUUAACAUUCGUAGCAUGGGGACCAGACAAAAGCAUGACAAGAGAUGGAAAGGGGAGGAUAUUCAAUGGUUUAUCCAAGUUAGCAAAAGAACUGAAGGAUGAUGUAGACAUGUACAUGCUGACUCCACAGAGGAUGGCUUAUGCUGACAAAGUGUUCGAGAAUGAAACAGGGAAGCCAAGGCAGUCCUCUGGGUCGUUCCUGAGUACAGGCUGGUUCACCAUGAUCCUGGCCACAGAGAUGUGUGAUCAGAUCAAGGUCUACGGCAUGAUCAGUGACGAGUACUGCAAGAAAUCCAAUGCCAAGCCCGUGCUGUACCACUACUACGGAACCAGUAAGCUACAAGAGUGCCACAUGUACAGAGCCAUGGAGAAACAGAAGAAGGGGGGACAUCGCUUCAUCACAGAGAAGAAGGUCUUUGAAAGAUGGACGAAAGAACAUGACAUCACAUUCCACUUCCCCACAUGGAAGCCCAAAGUGUGAUUUUGUUAAAACUUUUUUAGUUCCAGACAAAUGAUUUUAUUUUACUUUAAGGUAGAUUUUGAUGGUUGAUAGGCACAGGACAAUUUUAGGUGCAUAAUUAAGAAUGAAAUACUCCACUAUAGUGCCAUUUAUUAUACUUAUAGAGGCACAUAGGUAGGUCUUCACUUGAUAGUGAACAGCCAAGAGUUGCACUGAAUUUUAGUAUGUAUUUUUCAAUGGGAGAAGUUUUAUUCAAAAGUCAAUGGCAUUGUGUCAUGAUGCAAUGGUAAAUAUAGAACUAAUCACUCUGCAUUUUGUUCAUUUUUCUUCUUUUGAUAAAGAAUGUUCAGUUCUACAAAAAACGAGUAACAAGACCUUUUUUAUCAAAUCUACUUUCAUAUCUCCAAGGCCAGCCUAUCAAAGUACUAGUUCUUUUAAGGCAUGUUGUUGUGUGCAACAUAUCAAAUUUGAAAUGUCUUGGAGCAGAGUGUAAGGAGCCGUAUUUGAACACUUAGCACUCUACCAUACUUGUUUAUUGAUGAUGCAAAUACGAUGCUGUGUAACACCUAUUGGCUGGAAAAGUUAAUGUAAAACAUGCCAUGACAGCCAUGUAGAUAGCAAUGAUAAUAUUAAGAAUCAUAGGUAUGAGCACCAUAUGUAAUCAGUUCCCAAUCAUAGUAAUAAACAAGCCAUAAAGAAAGCAAAUAAUUUGUCAGUCAAUUGUAACAAACUCUCCUUGGCUGGGAUGUUUGCUGCGAUCUUCAUUCAGAAGAAAUGUUUAAAUUGGCCUGUUAGAUUGACAUAAAGAGUGCUUAUGAUCAGGCAAAACUUAUUUCAGAAGAUAAGAGGAAGAGAGAAAUCCUGCCAACCUAGGAUUCAGUGGUUUAAUAUUGUUUCCCUGAUCCUAGUUUUAAUGGGUGUGGCUAUUGGUUGAAAUAACCGAUUUUUAAAUAAUUGGUUUAGUAUCUUUUGGUCUUAUUUUUGUAAAUUAAGACUUGUCACAUGAGUUUGUAAUCAAUUGUAGUCUUUUCUUAAGUUUUAGUGAUUUAAGUUAUAGUGCUUCACAAGAAAGUGGGCAUCUACUUCUCGAUAUGUUAUUUUAGACCAGCUAGACUUCACAUUUUCCAAACAUAAUGUUCUGGAGUUAACUAGCUGGAAAUGUAAUCAAGUUCCAAUAGUACACAAGAGGUUAAAAAUGCUUGGACAGCUUGUAUGUAGGAGUACUACCUCAAAGGUUUCUCACAAAGUCCGAACAAAAAGGAUGUUUAAGAACAUAUCUAUACAGCAUUUGUAGAACCAUUCCUUUGUAAGUUUCUAUUACUUCUCAUGCAGAUAUACAUGUAUAUGUGUGUAUCUUUGCCUUUCAAAGGUUAGCAUAUAGCAUUCUUCUAACUGCAAGCAUUUUCAUAAUCACCAUAAUCUUACCAUGGCAACUUCUGUAGAAAUGAACAGUAAAAAUGAAGAGGUACAAUGUAUGUUGCAUUAUGUAGUGUUCCUAAUUGUUAUUUUGGUAUUCGUAAUAUCUCUUCAACAGUGCACAGUAGCGAGGUACCAUUGUUGAAGUCUAAACAUGCACAAAAUUACUUGAAAGGAAAAGUCCAUAUUGUAAAAGUAAGGAACAAAUUACAUCAAAAGUGUACUUUUAUAAAGAUCACAAGGUUUGAAAAUGACCAAUAAAAGAUGUACUUGUGUGGGUAUUGUCAUUUGUCAUGAUUUCAAUAUGGUGCUUUACUUUAUCUCAUAGGAAUUUUAUUUCAGAGUACACAAGUUAUAAAACACUCUUGUUGUGAAGACUAAAAAAAUUGCCAUUUUGAAUGCAGAUAUUGUUUAAAAAUACAAAUGCAAUUACAGUACAUGAUCCUUUCUGUGAAAGGAGAUUUUGUUAAUGAUCAGUAUUAUUUUGCAACAGCAUUAUGUGAAAUGCACGAUG